AUGUUUACUUUAAUUUUCUAUGGUUUUACUGCAUUCAAGGAUGUAAAUAAUAAUGAUAUGAUAAGCCAGGAUUUGUUACGAUAAGUGAUUAUUAAUAUACAGAUAGUUCGAAUCCAUAUUAAAAAAAGCGAUAAUAAUUUCAUUAAUUCCCAGGAAAUUCUCAAUAGAGAACAAAAGAGUAAAUACAAGAAGAACAAAUCGAUUUAAAAGUUGUAGAAUAAGCUAAAGAGAAACCAAAGUAUAAUAAAUCAAUUUAUUAUAGGAAUAAAGAUGAAUUUGAAAUGGAAUGUGAAGCAUCAGUUGAUGAAUAAAAUUUCCCUGAUAAUGAAAUUCAAAAUAUAGAUAAUAAUGCUAAAUCCUAUGAAAAGACUCCAGAGAAAUCUAAAACUCCUUCUAAGAUGGUUUCAUAAAUGUAAAGUCCACAUUAAAAUAAUGCCAGAACUUCUUAAGUACUAUCUUAAGGAAGUACUAAGCCUGAUAUAAAUAAUAAUAACAAUCCUAAUACACAAACAGAACCUCAAUUUAAUUAUCAAUAAGAAAUCAAUGUUGAAUAAGUUGAACAUCAAUAAUCACCUAAAUCUGCAAAUAAUGAUAAAAAUAUUGAUUAAAGUGUACAUCAUGGAAAUAGUAUGUUUAUUGAAAAAAGAUAUUGUCCAAUAUGUAAUCAAGAUUAAAUUAUUCGUUCUAAACAUUGUAGAUAAUGUAAUAGAUGUAUAGCAUUAUAUGAUCAUCAUUGUCCAUGGGUAUUAAUAUAAAUAUUUAUUUAAUAGACAAGUAAUUGUAUUGGAGAAAGAAAUAGAUGUGUAUUUUAUUGGUUUCUAUUUUUCUAAAUCUAAGAAAUACUAUAUGUAAUGAGAGAAGUAAGUUUAAAUUAUCAUUAAUAGGCUUUUCCACACCUUGAUUUCUCUUAAUACAAAGGAUUUUUUUUAGCUUAGGUUAUAAUAAGUCUAUUUAUAUCAAUAUCUAUGGCAUUAAUGGUUCUCAGUUUAUUUUUAUUCCAUUCUUUAUUAACUUGUAAGAAUAUGACUACANAUUUAUUUUUAUAUUAUAAUAUCAAUUUAUUUAAUAUAAUUAAUUUAACAAUAGGAAAUAUAAAAAUGGUUAUUAUUUUAAUUAUUAAUAUAAAGUGGAUUAAUGGUUAAAUUAGGUAUAUUUUAAUUGAAUCUUUGAGCACCAAUAUUCUAUGGAAUUAUGCAAAUCUAUUUGCUAAGCAUUUUUAGCAUUGUAGAUGA